AUGAAGGAACGCCAGUUAGCUACUAAGGAAGGUAAGGAAUGUUACCGGUGUGGUGGCAAGGGUCACUUUCAGAGAGAUUGUAGCUCUGGUAGGUCCAGAUCACCUACAUCUCCCAGCAGGCCACAUUCUCCGCGACAUGACAUAAAGAUUACCAGGGCCAGCAGAACGGGGAAAAGCAUUGUUGUUCCGAUAAUUGUCAAUGGGGAACCUACUGAAGCUGUCAUCGACACGGGAGCGGACGCAACAGUUAUCUCUGACAGAUGGGCGAAAGAGGUUGGACUCAAGUAUGAGAAACCGGGAACGGAAAUAAAUUUAUUAACAGCGGAAGACGGGGCACAGAUGACUGGGGUAGGAGUAGUCACUGCGACUCUCCAACUUGGUGAGGAAGUGAAGAAAUUACCAGUGGUGAUAGCCCCUAUUAGGGAUAACAUGCUAGUUGGUAUUGACCUGCUCCAAUCGGUACUUGCAGUCAUCCAUACAGGAGAGAAAAAUAUUGAAGUCAGUGGGAAGUUGCUUCCAGGUUUCUCCCAAAUGGCUGAUACUGAUAUUGCUAGAAGUGUAGUGCGAGUUGAUGCUAGCGUGGUGAUUCCACCAGGAAGUGAGAAAAUGAUAGUGAGUCGGUUGGAAAAUCCCUCUCAACCUUCCCAGGCAAUAUUAGAGACAUUCAAUCAUCAGAGCGGGUUGCAAAUUGGAUCAUGUCUUGUCUGUAUGAACCAAACUGUUCCUGUGAGGGUCCUUAAUCUGAAGGACUGCGAGAUCAAACUCUCGGAGAGCACCUUCCUAGGAAAAGUUGAGGAGGUAGAUGUUGACCAGAAGUUCAACAACGCAGAGGCAGUUUUCCCUAUUGCAGAAACAAAACAUUUACAAAACUCUGUAGGUGUGGAUAUAUGUGUUCCUUUACACUUGCAGGACCUUUUCUCAGAAUCCUCGAAUGGCCUGACAAAUCCUCAGAGACAGAGACUCUGUAUGCUUCUAAAGGAGUUCCCUGAUAUCUUUGCAAAGGACGACUACGAUUUGGGCACUUUCAGCGGUGUAAAACAUCGAAUUGACACCGGUGAAGCAAUGCCAAUUCGCCAGCCAGCCAGGAGGACUCCAUUAGGAUUCCAAGGCGAAGAAGAUUCCCACCUUCAAAAACUGAUGGAAACUGGAGUGGUCAUCCCAUCAAGUUCCGAGUGGGCAUCACCAGUAGUGUUAGUUCGGAAAAAAGACGGUGGAGUGCGAUGGUGCGUUGAUUACCGAAAGGUGAGUGAAGUCAGUGUAAAGGACGCCUAUCCACGUCUAAAAAUUGUUCUUAACAUCCACGUAGAAGGUGUAUAG